AUGGGAAAACUUCUCAUUUGCGUUGGGAUGGCUCUCCUGCUGCAUGCACAGCUAGGAUCCUCCUAUCUCCUGUCAUGUUACUUCACCAACUGGGGUCAGUACAGACCUGGAGCUGGGAAGUUCUUACCCUCCAACAUCGACCCGUGCCUUUGUGACCACCUGAUCUAUGCCUUCGCCACCAUGGACAACAACCAGAUCAAGAGCACCGAGUGGGACGAUGAGAAGUUCUAUGCCGAGAUCCAGGCCCUCAAGAACCAGAACAAGAACCUGAAGACACUCCUGGCCAUUGGUGGAGCUAACAAAGAAACCGCUUCAAGGUUCUCUGCUAUGGUAGCAACUUCUGCUAACCGUCAGACCUUCAUCACCUCCGUGAUCAAGUUCCUGAGGCAGUACGGGUUUGACGGUCUGGACAUCGACUGGGAGUUCCCUGGCACCAAGGGCAGCCCCGCCAUCGACAAGACUCUCUUCACCACCCUUACCCAGGAGAUGCUGUACGCCUUCGAGGCUGAGGGCGUGAGGACCAGCCGCCCUCGUCUGAUGCUGACUGCUGCCGUGUCCGCCGGCAAGAGCACCAUUGAUGCCGCAUACCAGAUCCCUCAGCUCGGCAAGAUCCUGGAUUACUUCCACAUCAUGACCUAUGCGUUCCAUGGUUCCUGGCAGCACUUCACAGGGGAGAACAGCCCCUUGUACAAGGGACCUGCCGACACAGGGGAAUACAUCUACUACAGCAUAGACUACGCCUUGAACUACUGGAGGAGCCAGGGUGCUCCUGCUGAGAAGCUGCUUGUUGGUUUCCCCACUUAUGGACGCACCUUCACACUGGCCAGCGCUUCCAACACCGGUGUUGGUGCCCCUUCUGUUGGACCCGGGCCCGCUGGUACCUACACCAGGGAAGCUGGAUUCUGGUCCUACUAUGAGAUCUGCAGCUUCUUGAAGGGAGGAGCUAUUCAAGCCUGGGACGCCAUCCAGAUGGUUCCCUAUGCCUACAACAGCCAGCUCGCUUGGGUCGGCUAUGACAAUAUCAAGAGCUUCCAGGCCAAGAUUGAGUGGCUGAAGAAAAACCAGUUUGGUGGAGCCAUGGUGUGGACCUUGGACCUGGACGACUUCAGCGGCACCUUCUGCAGCCAGGGCAAAUACCCCCUGAUCAGCACACUCAAGAGCGGCCUUGGCAUUGAAAAAUCCUCCUGCUCAGCAGGGGCACAACCACAUAACAGUAGCAGCAGCAGUGGUGGAGGCAGCAGCAGUGGAGGAGGUAGCAGCAGCAGUGGAGGUAGCAGUAGCAGUAGUGGAUUCUGCAUUGGCAAGGCCAGCGGAAUUUACCCCGACCCCACCAACAAGAACGCUUUCUAUGAGUGCGCUAAUAGCUUGACCUACAUGCUGAACUGCCCCGCCAGCCUGGUGUUUGACCCAGCCUGCUCCUGCUGCAACUGGGCAUAG